ACACCCUAUUUCAUAUGUACACAUCACAUGUACACUCAUCAAUAAUCUUUUUUUCUAUUUGCAGUUUAAGCAUCCAUUAUGAAGCCCAGUGCCGCAGCCGUUUUCUGUGCCACAUUGCUGUGUGGCGUCGUGAUGACCAUCGGCCAAGCGCAUCCCACAGUCCUCGUCGGCGGUGGAUCCUACGGAUGCAACUGCCCCAUGCUGAACGUGGUGGCCGCAAGACAAUGCUGCGCCACGGUGGGAACCUGCUGCCUGAGGGCAGGGAUGGGCGUUGGAGCUUUCGGCGGACAUCUUGGCGGCGCCGGAUACGGUGGUGUUGGAUACCCGGUCCUCCCAUACGUUAAUCAGGGAUUGGGCAUGCGCAGGCCUGUCCUCACUCCAUUUGGUCACGGUGGCCUGCAGCUCAACAUUGGCGCUGGACUCGGUUGA